AUGUUGAACAAUACCACGUGUAACCACAUCAACGGUACAUGUCCAGGAGGGUGUUCAGUAGGAUACCACGGGCUUCUUUGUACAAAUGUUUGUGGACGAUCGUACUGGGGAGUUAAUUGCAAAGAGACAUGUAGUACAGAAUGUGUCAGAAAGACCUGUCAUCACGAAUCAGGACAUUGUAUAUCAUAUACACAGCAGGCACAAAGUUGCUACACAUGUAAGAAUGACUACACAAUAACCAUUACAAGUGUGGUGGUCUGUAUUUUAAUUGUUUUGAUAAGCAGUUUCCUAAACCUUAUUAUCUGGAGGAAAAUGCAGCAGAAAGGGAAAAUUUUAGGCACCACAAAUGACAAGGACUAUUACAACGAAUUCCCAUUAGUUGAUAUAGGAGAUAAACAAAGUGGGCAAGAUGUGGACAUUUCGCCUUAUGCAGAACUUAGAGAACUUGACCACCCAAACACGUAUGAACAAAUCCAUAAAUAUGCAAAAGCAGACGAAAAAAUGUAAAUGGUUGCGUUGAUGAUGUUUACAUUUUAAUGAAGAACUCAGAAUUAUUUGUAGCUUUGCUUACAUAGACAUUUCUCAUUGUUUUAUGUCUACACAUAUUUUCGUUUCUUAUUGAGAGGACAUGUUUUAUAUACUAUCAGUUUUGUUUUUUUCACCUUCACAUAUCUCAACCACAAUCAGAAUCCAAUCGCAGAACAUGUUGUGGCGAAGGUGAUAUAUAUUUAACAUUACUUACGUUCAUAUGUUUAGGUACAAUAUUGUGCUCAACAUUGAUGUUUAACCUUACCGCAUGUACCCAAAAAUAUUAAAAUUUGCAAAUUUCUUCACAUGCGUUAUGUCUUAUCAUCUUAUAUGUUAAAAGUAAUUGAUUAUUGGUUUUUUGUACACAUCUCCACGGAAUCCUAUCACAACAUGUUUUGGGGGAAGGAGGUAAUAUUAAUUGUAAUGUCCAACGGUUUAUAUGCAAGCCUUAUUGCAACCUUUACC